UUGUGGGAGGGCAGAAAGAAGGAGGUGAUUGUUGGGCAGAAGGGAGUCAUAUAAAGGGGGAGACAGCAAGAGAGGGAGUAAGUGGAGGAGAGACGAGGAGAAGGACGCAUUUUGAUUAAGACUACAAACUUUGCAAGCAACAGCAUGAUGGCUGCCAUGAGGGACCUUCCUUUUCCCUUUGUGCUCAUGUGCCUGGUUUUCAUCAGAGGAUACUGUCCCCUGCCUACGACAUCCGAACUCCCAGGGAUUCAUCCCACGAGACCUUUCAGACCACGUGAGGUUUCGUCCGAGGCCCAUGUGCUUUACCCAGAGGAUUACAAAGACUAUGACGAGACGGUCACCACCAUUUUACCCAACAUAGGGUCUCCAGAUGGGGGGAGCUUCCAGCGGUGCGACUACAACCCCUGCUCUGAAAACCAGACCCCCUGUCCAGAGAUGGUAGCUGCCACCAGCUGCUUGUGUCCAGGUUUCACUUUAAAUAACGCUCCUCCAGAGGUGCCCAGCCUAACAUCGGUGUCUUGGAACGGAACAGAGGUCGUUCUUCGCUGGUGUGCACCUUACUCAUAUGUCACGGAGUAUGUUGUGACGGUGGGAGGGCGAGACAGGAAGACGUUUGGGACGGAGCAGAGAAGCGGCAGUCUGGGCGACAUCGACAACAUUGCAGAAGUUUGUGUGAUCGCAGUGAAUGAUGCUGGAGACAGUCCUGCGUCCUGCAUGAUGUACCGGCCCACAGAUAACAGCCUGGCUCUGAAAGCAGGCCUCAUCGGAGGAGCUCUGGGCCUCCUGCUGCUCCUACUGCUGGCCGUCCUGCUGUGGAGGCACAAGAGGCAGCAGAAACAGGAGGCCAGCAUCUCUAUGCACAACACGCCCGAGACACAGUGAACAGAAAAGACUGCGAGGCCGGACGCUCAGCCAGAUAAGACUCCGUCCAAGUGGACUCUUCAGCGUUACUGCGGUUAAUUAGCUGUGACUGCAUUAUAGCAUCUGAGGUUUUUCUGCACCAAGAGGUUAUCUUAAAACUGAAGGAAACAGGGUUCAUCAUCUUUCGUAAACAUAUCUAACUGGUGGAGUCCGGGGCUUCAUUUUGAAACCCCCCUGGUGUGUUAAAGGAAGUUCCCACAGCUGUGAUUUGAAAAUCAGCUGCACAAAAUUAUUCAUAGCAUUCUCCAGCAGUGCUUUUUGAAAAUUCAUCCCAGAAGACAAACAAGAACGUUUCAAGAAAGAUAAAGUGAGUUUGGUCAUUCUUGCAUGUCGGGAAAUUAGCUUUGUGAUGGACAGCUCUGAGAAAUGCAUUGUCAGGAUUUGAAGUAACAUCCCAGCUGGUUUUCUCUGCUCGCAGCUGCUUAACAUGGUGUGCAGCUGCUUGUAGAAGGGUAAAAUUAGAGAUUUAUUUCAAAAUCAUAAAGUUUUAAUAGUAGUAAAUACAAUAAAAUUUACAAUAAACUCUCGAUAGACACAAAACCUGCCACAAAAUAAUGUGGCAGGAGGUGAGAAGAUGAGCACAAAGGGUCAAAUGCCAGUGUAGUAUAUAAAAGUAGAAUUUAUUCAGGUUUUGAUAGCAGUUGUUGACAUCAAAACAUACUGUAUGUUUGUAUUUAAUUGAAAGUGUGAAUGGAUUCUUUGGGAUUUGCUGUAUUAUGUACUGUAUUUAUGAACGGCCUUUGGUUUGUGGCCUUAGACUUUUGAUACUUUGACAAGUUUCCCUGAACCGCUGUUGUUCAAACUGAUGCUACUGUGUAAGUUUGUUUAAAAAUGUGGCUUUUAAACUGAAUUAAAAUAUUGCCAGAGUUGUUUCUGCACUCAUGACUUCA